AGGUCACCGUCUUAGUCUCGGCUUUGGUGUUCAGUUAACAGUUCGCGUUCAAGUUCAUGGUACUUUUGACAAUCUCUCGUGCAGCGAUUGUCAGUGACUUAUAACUUAUAACUAUUUUGAUUUGUAAAUUUUUACAAACGGUGUGCAGAAAUAAUUAAAAUCUUGAAAGGGUUUAAGUAAUUGUAUGUAUUUACACAGUGAUCAUGAUACGAAGUGCGCUGUGGCUUUCACUUAUAUUUUUAUUCGUAAAUAACAUUUGGUGUGCUAGAUAUAUGCCGAAAUGGAAAAAGCAGGCUUGCGAAGUUCCCACGUCAAGAAACUCACACUACGUUUGUACAGACAACGGUGAAGUAAAAUGCCUACCCGGGUGGACUGGUGACCUGUGUGAUGUUCCAAGGUGUAGAUCGGGAUGCGAUCCAUUACAAGGAUAUUGUAAUCGCCCUGGGGAGUGCAUUUGUAAACUGGGAUAUUAUGGAGACAAAUGUAAUAAAUGCAUUACCUUGCCUGGGUGUCAACAUGGUUAUUGUAAUGUUAGUUUUGAAUGUAUUUGUCAAGAGGGAUGGGACGGGAUAUUUUGCACAGAACCAAUAUGUAGAUCAGACUGUCAUCAUACUCGAGGAUAUUGCGAUUCGCCAGGAGAUUGUAAAUGUCGACUAGGAUGGGCAGGAAAAACGUGUAAAGAGUGCCAGGUACUACCUGGAUGUGUACAUGGCUAUUGUAACAAACCAUUGGAAUGCAAAUGCCAUCCAGGUUAUACAGGUCUUCUUUGUCAAAUACCGAUUUGCACACCAACCUGCCAUAAAGAGAGGGGAUAUUGCACGAAGCCAGGGGAAUGCAGGUGUCGAGUAGGCUGGUGGGGAGAGAACUGUGAGAAAUGCUACCCUUACCCAGGAUGUGUUCAUGGAACUUGUCGCAGACCUUGGGAGUGUAAUUGCAAAAAGGGAUGGGGUGGAAUGUUAUGUGAUGAAGAACUUAACUACUGCGAGGAGAAGCCAAAUACAUGUCAAAACAAUUCUAAGUGCAUAUCCCUUCCAAAAGACGAAGGCAGUUAUAGAUGCUUAUGCUCAGAAAGUUCAUUUGGCCGACAUUGCGAACAUACAGAACAAUCUGUACCAGAACAUUCGAUAAAGUCCACCACAGAAGUAACAGCAAACAUUACAACAAUCACCGUGAAACCCGUACAAAGUAAUGAAAAUGAAAACAAAACUGAUAACGGAAAACCAGAACCCGUUGAUAUUGACAAUGAAACAUAGGUUUAGCAUAAUAAAUAUAAAAAGUUUAGUUCACAUUUUUAUAUAAUGAAAACCAAACAUCAUCUUUGUAUUAGGAUAAUAUAAACAAAAACAUUAAGACUGCAUAUGAAUUUAUAUUUAUUUAUCUACCUAUUUAUUUAUAUUAUAUUUAUUUAUUAUAUUUAUUAUAUUUACUAUAUUUAUUAAAUAGUGAUGUACUUUUCGUUUUAUACAAUUUGUAUAUUAUAUAAUUGUUUGAAAUAAAUUAACAUUGUGUUUGUCACUUUUAUUGUUACUGGCAAUAA